AUAUUGAAUGGCGGUCAACAAAGCUCACCCGCAUCAAUUGGAAUAAAGUUAUUUAUGGCCAAGCGACUCCUGCAACCGACCAAACGUCAGAAGCUACUUGAGAAGCGGAAGCGACACAGGGAGCUCUUUAACAAUCUGUACGAAGCAGCUGGCGGUGGCCCGCAAGCUACGGCAUUCUAUGACAAAUUGGUGGCUGCCAAGGAAGCUCAAAUGAAGGCCAACAAGUUGGUGCUUGAAAGUUUACCCGAGGAAGUGAUAGAGAAGUUGGAAGGUUUCCCACCGGGUGCCUAUGUUCGACUUAUGUUCAAGGGCAUGCCCUAUCAAUUUAUCGAACGCUUUAAUCCCAAUCAACCCCUGGUGGCCGGCGGCAUCCCGAGUGCGGAGGAAUCAAAUGGCUUCAUACAAAUCCGUUUUCGAACACAUCGAUGGCUCAAGCACGUGCUCCGUUCAAACGAUCCCGCCACUGUUUCGAUUGGUUGGCGCCGUUAUCAAACUGUGUGCGUAUUUUCCAAAGAAGAGCAUAAUUUACGCAACCGGUAUCUAAAAUAUUCGCUUCCACACGAACACUGUUUGGCAACUUUGUAUGGUCCAUUAGUCCCGGCCAAGACCGGUGUAGUGUUCUUUGUGAACUCCGCUUGGCGUCCACCUAGUGAUACCACAGAAGGACUUAUCAAAGCGGCUCUGACGAACCCAUCGGUUUCUCAACCGGGUGAUUUCCGCGCCACAUUUGAAGCUCCUAUUCGCAAAUCAGAUCUAGUGUUCCUCAGAACUUUCGUCGCCGUAGAGUUACCCAAAUACUGCAACCCCGUGCCUAAUCGCCUUUGUCCAAUCGACGGUGAUGGAGACACACAAGGCCAAGGUUGGCGCUUAUUGCGUACCCUUACUGAACUGCGGCGUGAGAAGGGCAUAAAGGCACCGUCCAACUCCGAUUCCGUGUAUAAGGAUAUUCAUCGCCCCGUGCAUGUCCCUACUCCGCUAUACGUAUCGACUAAACUAGUCGCACAGUUGCCUUUUGCACAGAAGCCAAAACCCACACGUCGUGAGGCUCGUGCUAUGGUGGGCGGUGAUCCAGUUCGUGCAGCCCUGUUCACCGAGUUGCCGGCACCUGUUCGGUCAGUCAGUGAUCAUCCAGAAGGCGAAACGCGCGCGGAUCUGCUCGAUCGUUUGCGCCAGUUGCACGCGGACUUCAAAGAACGACAACGGAAGAAAAUGGCACAGAGAGUAGGCAAACACAAGAAACAAAUUAGCAAAGCAGAAGCUCAAAAAGCGGCCAAUUUACGAAAGAAAAGAAAAGAUUAUUUUGCAAAACAUGGGAAGAAAGCAGAUAAAAAUAAAUCAGACUGA